UGUGAUUAAACAAAGACGCAAGGAGACCAUAUGAAGCGCUCUACUAUUACUGUAGGAUUUAUAUAGUUUUUCUAAAUACCAAUUGAAAAAUUACACUACUUGAAACUGACAAUGAGACGUGUCAGAAUAUACUUAGGUUUAUACUGACAUACAAUUCCAUUUACUACCCUUUAUUACAAAACAGAAAGGAAUCAAUUAACAAAAUUUGAAUUUUAUAUAUCCAUUUCGAACAUCAUUUAAUUGCUCUAAGAAACGCGGCGGCGCUGUGUGCGCUUGUUUGGAUCGAUUGGAUCAAUUUAUAUGAGCGGUAAUUUGUAUACAUUUUCAACUGCAGCACAAAGAUAACCUCUAAUGGAAAAAGUAAAACCGGUGGAAAAUGUCUCAAAAUGUGUUAAAAUUAUUUGUCCAUCGGCGGAAGAGCUUAGCGUGAUAACGAAUAAUAUUAAAUGCGACAAGUGUGGUCUUGUAUUUAAAAAUAAACCACGAUAUCGUUUACACGAUCUUAAAGUUCAUCAACGUAAGAAUUUAGAUAAAGCAAUCAAAGAAAAUGUUCAAUAUCAUUGUCCUGUGGAAUCUUGUAUUUACGCUCCAAAUGCCGAAAGACAUUUUAAUAGCAUGAAAUAUCUUAAGCAGCAUUAUCUUAAAGUACAUGCAAAAAAGACAUAUGCAUGUACCCACUGCGACAAGAGUUUUUCUACUGAAGCAGCUAAAGAAGGACAUAUGAGAGUAUGUGGAAUUGAAUUUACAUGUUCAUGCUCAAAAACUUACACUUCUUAUGAGGCAUUACUUACACAUGCAAAACGAUCAUUACAUACUGUAAAUAACAAAUAUAAAAAUUCUUUAAGACGUACAAGCUCAAAAACGAUAAGAAUGAUUUUACCUACUAGUCAAACAGAAAUAAAUAAAUUAAUUGCUAUUUUACCAACAAAUCAAAGUGAGAAUAAAAUAUCUAAUCAUGGUAAUAAUUCAGUGCGUAAGCUUACUUCAGAUAUUGGUGUACAGACUGAUGAACAUAAAAGGAAUAGACGAAUAUUAAGUCCAUCAAAACAUAAUAAUAGUCACUGUCAUAAUGGAAAACGUGAAAUGUCUAAACAGACUCAAACAAACAUAUCUCAAAAGAUUAGGCAAAAUGUAAUAUCUAUGGAGACACAGACUACAGCAGCUUCUCAAAUAUUUAAGAAUGCACUAAGAAUUCAUAAGCAUAGAAAAAGCUCUGUGUCACAAAAUUCUGAUUGUACAUUGUUAAAAGAAGAUCUUAAUCUUGGCAAUUUUACACCUACAAAUUUAUUUCCUAAUAGUCCAUUGCCACUUCGUCAUGAUGAUGGGCUACAUGAUUUUUGGGAAGAUAAAAGUACAUCAGGUACACAAACUAUACCUGAGAAAGAUAUGUUUGAAGUUCUCAAUGAUAAUGUUACUCAAACGGAGUUUGAAACAUUUUAUGAUCAUAAUACAAAUCCACUGAUACAAUGUGUUCCAAAGAGUACAGUUGCACUAAUGACAUUACCUUAUGCUGAGGAAACAUCAUCAGUUGUUGGAGGAUACUCUUUUGUAUCCUCAAACAGCAUAUCACGGUCAGAUCCCAUGCUUACAGACAAAACUUUUGAUGACAAAUUUAGUAGUAUAGAAACUCAGACAGAACAAGCGUAUUCCCAAUCGUUUUUUGAUUCGGAUACCUUAUCCAGAUCAUUUACUUUGAGUUCUACCAUUGAAACGCAAACUACGAACAAUCUCGAUAACAUGGAACUGUUAUAUAGUAAUACAUGCACUCAAACUUGUAAUGAAAUAUUACCAUCUGAUCUGGGAUUAUCAAAUAUUCAAACGCAAACAGCAUGGACUCAGCUCGAGGAUACUACCGUUUCCGCUGAAACGCAAACAAAAUCCUUGCUAUGCGAAACAGGUUGCAAUAUCUCGAUAGGUGCUUGUCGUUCCUGGUUAAGUACUCAAAUUAGUCAUACUGAAACACAAACUGACUUACUUAGUAUCUUUGAAAGUCUUCAAUAAUAAAACAUUUCAUUUUUUUAAUACUAAAUGAAAAUAUAACAACUGAUAUCUGAGAAAAGCCUUUUAAACAUAAAGUAAAAAUAACUUGCAUUUGUUAGAUUUAAGACUUAAUUUUGUCAUAUUGUUAUUUAAUACUUUGGUAUUUUUUAUAUUUUAUUAUAAAUUAAUUUGUUUAAGUUCCUGUGUAUGUGCAAUUUGUUGAUGAAAUACUAUAUGCCUUAAUUGAGAACUGCAUUUUUUAAAGAUUAUAUUAAGUUUUAAAAAGUUGUUUAUAUGUGUAUUAAUAAAAUAAAAAAAUACACAUUAUAGGCAAUAUAUAAUUGUACUAUAAGUAACUUAUUACCAAAUCCAUUAAUUGUAUAAACCUGCACAAUGAAAAAUGUUACUAAUUAUUAAUUUA